UUCAGCAUACUGGUAUAUAACCGCGAUGUUCUAUCGUUGCAAGACAGUUUGUAGGUUGAAUGAAUAUGAAGAAACAUCAGCUCUUGGUCGCCAUUUUGUGCUUGGCGUUUGCAGAUGUGGAAACUUCAAAAUCUCAUUCAAUAACUGACACGCCGCAUCAGCCACGAAACACGACUUACGUUGAAAGGCACGAGUCCGAGUUGGACCACGAUCAUAUUGGCAACUACUCGAACCCCAACAACGAAAACUCUAUAAAGAAACUUUACCACGAACUUUUCAUUCGUAGAGGCUACGACAAAGCAGUAAGGCCUGUACAAAACGCUUCAGAUCAAGUUCAAAUUCAGUUGGAUUUUUCAUAUGUUCAGGUUUUAAACUUAAACGAAAAAGAUCAAAUUUUAAAGAGUUUGCUUCGCACUCGGAUUUAUUGGACCGACGAGUUUCUAAUGUGGACGCCAUCGGAAUAUAAUGGACAAACCAGCUUGUUGGUUAAAUCAACCGAUGUUUGGAUUCCCGAUGUAGUAAUGGACGAAGAAGUUGGAAUCUAUGAUUAUUCGCCUCGUCUUCCGUUCCUAUUUGUUGAACACACAGGGUUGGUUGGUCUGCUCCAACCUUCGUCCUUCGAAACUUCAUGUCGGGUCAAUAUCGCUUAUUUUCCUUUCGAUGUUCAAGAAUGCCAAUUUAUUUUCACUACGUGGACGUUUCCCACCUCCAAGGCUGAUUUGAUAGCGAAACGAGCGGUCGAAGAUAUGAAUAAAGACGUGGAAGAAUAUUUCGUAGCAACAGGGGAAUGGCUUUUGGAGGAAUUGAGAAUUACGAAAGAGUCAAUAAGUUAUGCAGACGUGGUAGUAUCUGGUGCUACAACGUCUGAGGCGAGCGCCAGAAGUGCAACACUGGGACCAAAUGAAUUGGUUAAAGACGUUUACCCUGGCCGAGUGCUGGACAGCCACUGGUCCGAGCUUAAAUUCACUUUAAAGUUUAGAAGGAACUCUUCUUUAUAUAUGCAGAGUAUGUUGUUUCCUGCCAUUCUACUGACGACUGUGUCACUAUUGGGUUUCUAUCUCCCACCAGACAGCGGGGAAAGAAUUGGUCUUCAGAUUACGAUCAUGCUAACGUUUAUGGUGUUUCUACUGACUGUUGGCGACAUGUUCCCCGCAUCUACAGGGCCCUAUCUUGGCGUGUACUUCGUCUUAUGCAUGGCGUUGCUUGGUAUCAACAUCAUAAUGACGGUAUUGGUGCUACAUAUCCACCAUAUGCCGUGUGAUGCCGUGAUGAAAGAAAUGAAAACAAAAGGCGUGUUUACAGUUAAUUUCAAAGCCGUACCAGCUUGGAUACGAGUUUGUCUCUUCCUAUCCGGACAAUACCCGAGACUUAAAAACUUUACUGUGACCGAAGAAAAGGUGGAAGUUGUUCAAAAGAAGGAGACAACUGGUUCCAUUAUAAAGCUGUUGUGGCAACGUUGCAAAACUGUAGUGUUAAAAUCGAUAAAAAGAAACGUCGGUGUUGGUGGGCACGUGGUUGGGGAUCAAUCGUGUCAUACUUGUAACGAUCCAAUUGAAGAUUGUAAGCAUAAUAGUUCAUGUGUGAAAGGCCAUGAUGAUGAUAAAGAUGAACAAAGCUAUGAGGAAACGGAUGAAGGGACAACUAAUGUUAAUGCAGAUGCGCAAACAGACUAUGUAUUUAUCAACGCAUUCUCAGAUAUUCUAUCCGACUUGUCAAAGUUAUCUGGCUACGUCACCGGUUUAUCCAAAUACAUGCAGUACAGUAAUACGGAUCUUAAAGAGAACCGGCUCAGUGGAGCGAUGGAAGAACAAUGGAAGUCCGUUGCAAGAUCGGUGGAUACUGUGUGCUUGUGGGUCUACAUUGCGUCGCUUGUUGUCUUUCACAUUGGAAUGUUCAUUGCUGUUGUCAUAAGUGCAUUUUCAAAGGAAGCAUGA